AUGAUUAUAAUUUUAUAUUGAAGUUUACCUAUAAUUUUAUUUAUUUUAGGUUUAUUUUGUUUUGUUUCUAAUCGAAAACAUUUACUUUCAAUACUUUUAAGUUUAGAAUUUAUUGUUUUAAUAUUAUUUUUUAUAUUAUUUAUUUAUUUAAAUAUACUAAAUUAUGAAAAUUAUUUUAGAAUAAUAUUUUUAACAUUUAGAGUAUGUGAAGGAGCUUUAGGUUUAUCAAUUUUGGUUUCUAUAAUUCGUACUCAUGGUAAUGAUUAUUUUCAAUCUUUUAGAAUUAUAUAA